CUCAGAUCCUCCCGCCGGCGUCUGGCUGCAACCAACGCCACUAUGAAGUAAUGAUCGGUGAAUUCUGCCAGGCCAAGUUCAGGCUGGAUAUGACGGGAUUGGAGCGAAACGCCUGGUGCAGCUGGCCCAAAACAAUGAAGAUAUACGAGGAACUCACAAACUGCACCCAUCAGGUGGCUUUAAAGAUGGACUGCUUUUGGCCCAACGGCGUCGUGGACGACUUCUUCAUGCAAAUUCAUAGGGACUACUUUAGCGACUGCGCUCUGACCGGACGACUCCCUCACGACCCUCCGAUCGGCAUCCUGGCGCCGUUCAUCGCAGUGCCGGUGCUAAUCACCCUGCUCAUGACCGCCGCCGUGGUGUGGAGGAGCAAACGCACAGAAGGCGUGCUCUAACAAGAAUCAGGACUUGAAGAUGGACAUAAGCUACAGAAAUACAAGAUUUUGUGUGAAGUUGUUUUUAUUUUUUAUCAUAGAGGGUGUGAAAAGUGUUUGAUUAAUGCCAAGUCUGGUAUAAAAAUACAGUUUUGUGACAAUGUAAACAUGUUCUUUUGAGGUUCGGGGACUUUGAGGCGUUGAAUUUUAAUUACCAUCUGCUCUGAUGGCCCACAACAAUUUGUACUCAUAAAUAACAGCGCAGAGGAGGACAAAAAAGGGAUCCCCAGCCUGCUCUGAUAAAUGAAUUGUUACAAGUGAAGACUGGAAGGUGAGGAAGGCCAUGGAAAAUAAAUCUUUGAAGGAAAAAGGUUUUUUUUUUCAUACAAGGCCUGAA